AAAGUCCAAAGAGUAGAACUAUAAAAACAGACGCCGUUUGCUAUAAAUGUCCCUCCUCGAAGCUUUUUCUGUCACUUUAAGUUAAACCCUAAAUUCAGUGUUGGAAAACCCUAGCCCCCUCUCUUCCUCUGUUCCAAGUUCCAUCGUCGCCACCAAAAAUGACUGGAGAAGCUGUGAACCCGAAGGCCUACCCUCUGGCAGAUGCCCAGUUAACGAUAACAAUCAUGGACCUUGUUCAACAAGCUGCCAACUACAAGCAGCUCAAGAAGGGUGCUAAUGAAGCGACUAAGACAUUGAAUAGGGGUAUCUCCGAGUUUAUUGUAAUGGCGGCGGACACCGAGCCCCUUGAGAUCCUUCUUCAUCUUCCUCUUCUAGCCGAAGAUAAGAAUGUACCCUACGUAUUCGUCCCAUCUAAGCAAGCACUUGGACGGGCAUGUGGUGUCACCAGACCGGUGAUUGCCUGCUCUGUUACAACAAACGAGGGAAGCCAAUUGAAAUCCCAAAUACAACAACUCAAGGAUGCCAUUGAGAAGCUCCUGAUCUAAGUGUACUUAUUGCAUAUUCAGUGUGAUAGGCCUCGUGGAUCAGUGGUCACGCCCUUGGAGGCUUUGACUGAUGGAGUUGUUGUUAUAUUAGGGAAAGAUUUUCACUUUUUAAGUUCAUGAAUAUUUUUGUUAGUCUUCAAUGUUGGAAAGAAUACUUUAAAAAUUAUAUAUGCACGGGAGUCGAGAUGAAUGGUGCGAUAAGCUACUUUUAUAACCGGAUUAAUGCGAUUUAUAUUCUUGUUUGUUUGCUGUUUCAA